AAAAGAUUAAUUUAAGUGCCUAAAACUAAAAAUAAAUAAAUAAUAUUUGACAACUAUUUCAGAUCAUUUUAAAUGGAUUAAAGUAUUUUUGAUACAAUAAGAAAUUGUUAUUAGACAGCUUAUGAGAUUUAAACAGCAUUAAGUAACAAAUUUGAUAUGGGAUUUAAAAUUUUGAUGGUUCAUAGUGUAACAGAUGGGUAUAUAUCUGAGUAAGAUUUAGCAGCUUCUAGAAAAGAUUUUGCCAAACAUUGCAACAAAUUAGCAGAAUUACAUGACAGACGUACAUAAAAAUAUGUAAGCCAAAGGUUAGAAUAGUUUAAAACUUGUGCUGUCUAGGUUAGAAAUUAUACAAAAGAGUACUCAUCCCUUUAUGAAUACUCAACGAACUGUUUCGAUGAGUUUAGUGAUAAAUAAUAAGGAAGAUUAUGAUAACUCUACUAUUUUGAGAUAUGCUUAGUUAAAUUAAAAAGAAUUCUUAAAAUGAAUGAAAACAAACUAAUUAUUUUAAUUAUAAAUAUCCAAAAAAAGCAAAAAAGCUUAUUUUGAAAAUAUAAAAAUAUAUCUAAAUAAAAUUAUUAUUUAAUAUGUAAAAUCAAGAUCUCUAUAAAAAAUAUAUAGAUAGAUAUAUAGAAUAAUAAUAAUAAUUUAUAUUUAGAUAUAAAAUAAUUUUUAGCAAGUAAUUAAAAUUGAUUCA